CACCCCAGCAUCUUGCAGAGGGAUUCCCCUCUUGAUCACAGCGAGCCCAGGCCAUUGGCACUGUGGUGACCAUGUCACGGAACGUGUGAGACUGGGCAGCUAUGCGCCUGAACUUGUGACAAGGUGUGUUGGUGUGUGGAUGCGGCUAUUUGUGUGUGGAAGCCCAGUGCCGAGUGUGGGUGUCGGGGGCACGACUUGUGAGGCUGGGCGGGGCUCUGGUCCGGAGUCCGGUGGCGGUAGAGCCCUCAUUUUCGCACGAUUCCCCCGCAGCUCUCCAGCGCCCCCUGCCCCCGAAGCUGGCUGGAAAGAAGGUGGGAGACACCUGUUGGGGAGCUGAGAGCGGCAGAGCCCACAGGGGCCUCUCCCCAUGCGCCCCGCCCGCCCUGCCCCGCUCGGGUCCCGCCCCCGCGGCCGCCGCAAGCAGCGCGGCGAGUGAGCGCACAGCCGCCAGAGGAGCACGGGGCAGCGGGAGCGCACCGCCGGGACCCAGCCGAGGCCAGGGCCGCCUGGGAGGCGGGCGGAGCAAAGGCAGCGCCGUGGAGACGCCAGGGGCAGCGGGCCACGCCAGGCAGGCGGCCCUUUCCUCGGGGUCCCGCCUGGUACCAGGGACCCCCUCAGCUGGGGGACUGCGCCUGGAAGCUGUCAUGGAGGCCCUGCAGAAGCAGCAGGCAGCUCGGCUGGCCCAGGGGGUGGGGCCAUUGGCCCCUGCAUGCCCGCUGCUGCCACCGCAGCCUCCCCUGCCUGACCACCGGACCCUACAGGCCCCUGAGGGGGCCUUGGGGAAUGUUGGGGCUGAGGAAGAGGAAGAUGCUGAAGAAGAUGAGGAGAAGCGGGAGGAAGCCGGGGCAGAGGAGGAGGCAGCUGAGGAGAGCCGUCCAGGGGCCCAGGGCCCCAGCUCGCCUUCUAGCCAGCCCCCUGGACUCCAUCCCCACGAGUGGACCUACGAGGAACAAUUCAAGCAGCUGUAUGAGCUCGAUGCAGACCCCAAGAGGAAGGAAUUUCUGGAUGACCUGUUUAGCUUCAUGCAAAAGAGGGGGACGCCAGUGAACCGCGUGCCCAUCAUGGCGAAGCAGGUGCUCGACCUGUACGCUCUGUUUCGCCUGGUGACCGCCAAGGGCGGCCUGGUGGAAGUCAUCAACCGCAAAGUGUGGCGGGAAGUCACGCGCGGCCUCAGCCUACCCACCACCAUCACCUCGGCCGCCUUCACUCUACGCACCCAGUACAUGAAGUACCUGUACCCGUACGAGUGCGAGACUCGAGCGCUCAGCUCCCCAGGGGAGCUCCAGGCCGCCAUAGACAGCAAUCGGCGCGAGGGCCGUCGCCAGGCUUACACCGCUACUCCGCUCUUCGGCUUGGCAGGGCCGCCCCCUCGGGGCGCUCAGGACCCAGCCUUGGGUCCCGGCCCCGCCCCUCCGGCGACCCAGUCCAGCCCUGGCCCAGCCCAGGGUUCCACCUCCGGCCUGCCAGCGCAUGCAUGCGCUCAGCUGAGUCCAAGCCCUAUUAAGAAAGAGGAGAGUGGAAUUCCAAACCCUCGCCUGGCACUGCCUGUGGGCCUGGCACUGGGACCUACAUGGGAGAAAUUGGCACCAGAGGAGCCCCCAGAGAAGAGAGCUGUGCUGAUGGGGCCUAUGGACCCACCUCGACCUGGCAUGCCCCCCAGUUUCCUGCCCCGUGGCAAGGUUCCCCUGAGGGAAGAGCGGCUGGAUGGGCCUCUUAAUCUGGCAGGCAGUGGCAUCAGCAGUAUCAACAUGGCCCUAGAGAUCAACGGGGUGGUCUACACUGGUGUCCUCUUUGCCCGCCGCCAGCCUGUGCCAGCUUCCCAGGGUCCAACCAACCCUGCACCCCCACCCUCCACAGGGCCCCCUUCCAGCAUCUUGCCCUGAGAGGUCCUACUUGAAACUAAGAGUCCCAGCCCCAUUGCUGAGGGGGGAGGAGACCCCCUGCUUUGAUUCUUUCUGGCUGCCCACUCUGGGACCCAGCCCUGGGAGGGGACGACACCUCCCAUGCCAUGUGGACUUAAAACCAAAGUUUCUUUUGAUGUUACACCUACCUCAUUGUAAAGGGAGGGCAUCUCCUCCCUGGCCAAUUCCAGCAGCACCUACCAAAGGGUUCUUCCUCCAGUAACCCCAUCAUCUCCUCAUGUGUUACCUCUGUCAAUGUCAUCUCUAGGACCCUACCCUUUUGAGUCAGCCCUGCUUCUCUUCAGGAGCCAAGUGAAAGGUUGGGUUGGGGUACUGUGAAAGAGACAUCCCUCAGGUCACAUCUAGACAAUAAAGCUGCGAUCCCUCCCUC